UCAGUAUUUUUUCCCAUAUAUGUGCCGAUAAAAAAAACAAUGCAGUGCUAGAACAGCUACAGAAAUCUGUCACUGUAGCCUACAAUGACACAGCAGUCUGCUUGAAUCUUGUUUUGGAAUCUUGCGGCCUCGCGGUUUCUGCUGAUUUCAGUGGUUUGUUGUGUAUACCAAAGCGAUACUGAAGGUCAUUACAGUUCAGUAUUUUUUAUCCUUGAAACCAGUCUUGUCUUCAUUCCAAAAUUUAGUCCUUCACUGUCUAUUAGCCUGUGAUGCUGGUAUGAGGGAAUUUCUACUUUGUAAGUAAGACUUCACAACCUUACGCACGAUGGACGACGUUGCAGCCGAUGAAAAUUCCAAUGGCACAGUUGAUUCUCAACAAAUGCGAGAGUUUAUCAGAAUGAGAAAACCUACAAAAAAUAACAGCAUGAAGGACAUGGAAAACAUUGAAACAAGAAAUGGAAUGGAUUCACCAGAAAUAAGUACACCAGAGGAGGAGGAUGAUGAGAUUGUUAAAAAUGCAGCUGUUUUUCAACAAAUUGCUUUAACCAGAGUGAAAAAUCACGCUAAGGAACUUAAAAAGCAACUGAUAGAUCAGAUGGAUGUUCAGCUGUCAUCUAUGAUGGAAGAAUACAUUGUUGGGAUUGAAGGUGUUAGGGUACCACAGAAGUAUCGUUCUUUCUUAGGUGAUACUCAAACAGGAGAAGAAAAGAAGCGGAAAAAAUUACCCUGUGGUUCCCUCCCUGAAAAAGAAUUUGUUGUCAGAAAUUCAUUGUUGACUGAUCUGUUUGAGAUCAAUCACAUACAAACAAUCUACCACAUCUUCAUAGCAAUCCUGAUUCUCCUUUUCAUGAACACCAUGGUGGAAGAUAUUGUUGACAAAGGCCGUAUUGAUUUAGAAUUCACCCUCAUUUUAUGGGCCUUUGGAAACUUACAAACUGUUCUCGUUACAUGGGUUGGUAUGAUGUUUUUUGCUUUAGUAGUUGUCUACCCUGCGUUCCACUAUUGGUCUCAUAAACGUUUGACAAUCGUCGACGAUUCUAAACGAUUGGUCUGGGAUUAUUUUUGGUUAGCCUGCUACAUUUUCUACAUUGGUGCCGCCAUCUGGAUUCCACUCAAAGAAUCGCUUGUUCACAAUUUGCCGCCCGCUUCAGCUGUUACACUCUUGAUGGAGCAGGUUCGCUUGGUGAUGAAGACCCAUGCAUUUGUUCGUUCCAACAUUCCGGUAGCCCUUUUCUAUUUUAAUCAACGGCAAAGCAGAGAUGAACGAACAAGUGUCGAAGAUGAUGCCAAUCAGGCUCCUUGCCCAGAUUUUUCUAAAUAUCUAUACUUUAUGUUCGCUCCAACAUUGGUUUACCGAGACCGUUAUCCAAGGACGCGUUCAAUUCGUUGGAAAUGGGUCUGCUUUAAUUUUCUGCAAGUAGUCGGUGUUUUAUUCUACCUCUAUUUCAUCUUUGUCCGCUUCUGCGUUCCGGUUUUUCGACAGAUAGGGCAUGAACCAAUGACAAGCAAAGCGCUAGUUUUGGCUGUGUUUGGUUGUAUGCUGCCUGGAACGCUAGUUUUGCUCUGUGGAUUUUUCUGUCUUCUUCACUCUUGGCUCAACGCCUUCGCCGAAAUGCUCCGUUUCGGCGAUCGAAUGUUUUAUCAGGAUUGGUGGAAUUCUUCAUCUUACGCGACAUACUAUCGCACGUGGAACGUCGUUGUUCAUGACUGGCUUUAUACCUACGUCUAUAAGGACGUUUACGAACUGUUUGGUCGUCGUAAUAGACUUAUUCCCACGUUGGUCGUAUUUCUUAUUUCGUCCAUCGUUCACGAGUACAUCAUCUCCUUUACGUUCCAUUGUUUUUACCCAGUUUUGUUACUAAUGUUCGGUGGUUUUGGAGUGCUUUUUUCUUUCGUUACGAACGUUGAUCCACGCCUUGGUAAUAUAUUCAUGUGGCUCACGCUCUUCAUUGGAACCGGCCUUUGUAUGUCACUUUACAGUAUGGAGUGGUAUGCGAGAAUCAACUGUCAGCCCUCCUUUGAUGGAUUCUUGGAAAUUCUCAUUCCUCGAUCGUGGACUUGUCUGAUGUCAUCACAAGGAGAAUUGUGAUCUUUAGCCAUUUUGAUUUUGAUUUUUUUAAUGAUUAGAUUUGCAUUCAUUGUUUCAGGAAAUUUUUUAUUUUGUCAAAGUUCUGUUUCCGAAUAUUAUUGGCUAGAUGACUGAGAAUUCCUUCUCAGCUUACACGCACCCCGAUCAAGAGAAAUAAGAUUUUAACGGUAAUGAAGUUCCUGUCUUGUUGUCGGCGUUUACAACAACUUAACAAAAUAAGCUUUCUUCUUUCUUGUUCUAUGACCGUGUCCUAAACUUCUGGUUGUGUGCUUAGGCCGGUUUAUAUUAUGAAAUGCAAUUGUUGGCGCUCAGUUGAUUACACAUUGGUUUCUACAAAACAUUUUCAACUUAAAUAAAUGGUUAACUGGAAA